AUGUCUGUCGCUCUCUACCUAGACCACCUGGAGCGGCCGCAUACUACGCACCUCACGAACCUCGACUUUGUUUCUGGGAAAGUCAUUCUCACGCUACAGACGGAGGCGUCAAUAGCCGGCAUUCAGGUCAAAUUAGAGGCUGAGAGUCGCACCCGCCUGGCAGGGCCGCGAUACCCGCAUAAUGAACACUCCGAGAAGAAGCGUACAGAGCUUGAAGUCCACAAGCUUCUGUACAAAGUGAACGAUGUCUUUCCCGACCAAGCGUUGGUCAACAAUCAAUCGUCUCCUGCUACUGCAUGGACCUUUGCGCCAGGCAGAUAUGAAUAUCCGUUCCAGUUCAAGUUUCCAUUCAACAAUUCAUGCAACCUACAUAAUAGCAUGCUCACCAAUCUCAAUAUAUCUGGACUCAAGGUUGAGAUGGCCAAGCAGGCGAAUCGCCAUGUGAAACGCACUCUUCCUCCGUCCUUGACUGGUUUCCCUGGGGUGGCCGAGAUCAAGUAUUAUGUGAAAGCCACCGUUGUCCGUCCACAGUUUUACAAGGAGAACCUAAGAGCGAUACAAAACCUGACUUUUCUCCCCAUCGAGCCGCCAAGGGCUGGCAACCCCAAGGAGGAAGCGUACGCGAGACGACAACACCAAUUCGCGAGUGGACCAACACCUAAGAAACUUUUUCAUAAAAGUUCUAAAUCAUCCCUAAGAGAUUCGCCGGGGAGCUCUCUCCGUGUCGCCGCUGAUCUUCGACUACCAAACCCAUCCAUUCUCACUUGCAAUGAGCCGAUUCCGAUGCGUGUUCUAGUCAGCAAGAUGUCCGAGUCAUUUGAAACGGUGUUCCUGCAAAUGCUGCAAAUUGAAUUGAUCUCCUAUACUCAUAUUCAGGCCCAUGAUCUGAAGCGAACAGAAAACGGAUCCUGGGUACUUAUGAGCAAGAGCAAUAUGGGCAUACCUCUUGGAAGAGGUGGUGAUCCCGCAGGCACCGAAUGGACCAUCGAUCCAAAGUAUUGGAGCCGCCUGCCUCUACCACCAUCUGUUGCGCCCUCUUUCCAGACUUGCAAUAUUUCAAGAAGCUACGAACUUGAGGUGCGGGUUGGCCUGGCUCAUGGCACGGUAGGGAAGUUAAAAUCACAACUAAUCAUAAUUCCACUAAGGGUACCUGUUCGGGUGUACUCUGGAAUUACUCCUCCACCAGCUUUGUUGGAGGCAAUGGCCACAAACACGCAAGCCAAGGAAACCAAAGAAAAGCAACCUGCUCACCCACCACCAAGCUCACCCCCAAGUUCGCCACAAAGGCCACAAAGACAAGAUACCCAACGACCACCCAUUCCACCAAGGCCAUCUGUAGCCCCUACUGCCAAUCUGGACGACGGCUAUGACGAAGCUCCUCCAAGCUACGAGGACGCAAUGGCUGAGACUCUCAGUCCCUUGGAAGGCCCCCGCCGCGAGUAUUACCCACCAGAUGCCUCCUCAUCUACCCGACCUCGUGUUGAAACCGGAGCUGAUGCGAGAUCUCCAGCUGGAGAAGCCCCUAAACCGUCCAACGCACUGUAUAGCAACCAAGGAGCGAAUUCAUCUUCCGAAUCCUUUGAUAUGCUUCCUUCGUCCCCACCGGAAUCUCGAUCUGGAUCUCCUCUAGGUUCCCCUGUCGCCCGACAGCAGAGUGUGCUCAAGAUUCACAAGGCACCCCUCCCUGUGGAAGAGAGUCCCCCGCAGUAUCAGCUAGUCGCUGAGGAACAACAACCGGCACAGGAACCGGAGACCCAAAGACCCUCGCGCCGAAUCAAUCUUGGAGUCCCGAACAGAAAACCAGUGCCUAGCCCGAGUCGAGCUCCGAAGCCGUGA